ACGCUCAGGAAAAGAAAAAAGGAGGAGGAGGAGGAGGAAAACAACCCGGAAGAAGGGCGUCUCAGACGGAACUAGUAACUUAUGACAAACAAGGCUUGGGGGGGGGGGGGACUGUGCUCAGUCUGUACGACACCAACAUCCUGAACUUCACGAUGCCGUCGAACAAUAGAUAGCUUGGUUCCAGCACAGGAUAUCCAGUUACCUCCAGAGGGGCUCGGAGCUCGUUGUCCGCCCCGCCUCGCCCGGUCGCUUCAAGUCAAUGUUGUAUCCGCCGCCGGUCCCGACGCCAGAGUAGCCGCCAACGAACCGUUCGGAUUUCCAGUCGUCAUGGGCAACGGGAUGAACAAGGUUGUUGAUGGGCUCUACCUUGGAAAUAUAAGAGAUGCAGAAAACAGAGAGAGUCUGUCUCAGAAUGGCAUUACUCAUAUCCUCUCAGUGUACAACAAUGCUAAGCCUGUGUUUGAGGACAUGACCUACUUGUGUAUCCAUGCAGCUGAUGCAUCCAGCCAGAACCUGUCUCAGCAUUUUAAAGAGUGCAUCAGCUUCAUCCACGAAUGUCGUCUGAAUGGUGGAGCUUGUCUUGUUCACUGCCUGGCAGGUGUGUCCCGAAGUACCACCAUGGUAGUGGCCUACCUGAUGACCACCACCCGCUACAGCUGGGACGAGUGUCUGUCCGCAGUCAAGGCUGUCCGCUCCUUCGUCGGCCCAAACUACGGCUUCCAGCAGCAGCUGCAGGAGUACCAGAUGACAAAAGUCUCAGAGUACCGAGCAUGGUUACAGGCCAGUUUUUGUCCCAGUCCAUUUAAGGACCAGGAGCAGGUGGGAGCCCUGCUAAGACAGUACACAGAACAGCAGCAACAGGAGAGUCAGAGGAGAGGAGCGGACCAGCGCUGGAUGAAUCGGGACGUAGGCGUCUGCGCUCUGCCCUAUGAACCUAAUGAUGCCGAGGGCGACAGCUGAGCCACGGUCCUCUAAACCCCGUCCACCCUCAGCCUAGUCCCAUCUGGUAAAGCCAGUAGAAGUUACUCUGUGCCCAUUUCUAAAUCAGCUCCCGAGUUUUCCUCUAAUCGAAGUCUUUUGUAAAAAAAAUAAAUUCAUGAUAACAUUUAGAAUCGAACAACACUCUUUGGCAGAUCAAAGAAGGCUGAAUCAGUUCAUCUGGAUACAGUGUUUAUUGACAGAUACAUUUCAUCACUCAUCUAAGUGACAUCUUAAGUCUAAACUGACUGCAGGUACCCCCACCCCUUAUAAACGAUACAGUUGCCUAGCGACCGAACCAACGACCAGUUUCAUAUGCAAAUAUGGAUGUGACCUUUAACUAGAGUUUCAAAGGCCAUGUGUACUGUUCAGAGGACUGGGGAAUAGUUGCAAUCACAGCAUUGUAAGAUGGCGACAGAUUUACUCUUAGACCACACACCCCCACCCUCGGUUCAGAGCUGGUCAUUCCCUCUUCACAUAGAUGGCCUCUUUGACUCCCCGUUCAAACCAUCGUUCCUCCGUAUCAAGGAUGUGCACAUCCUCAUCCUUGAAAGAGUGACCACUGGUCUGUAGAUGGGUGUAGACUGUGGAGUCCUGGGCUGAUGUGUUAGCUCUUCUGUGUUGUGCCGUUCUUUUGGCGGCCGGGGAAGGGGAGAAAUCCCACAUUAAAUAGGCCUUGGUUAAGUGUGGUUAUUCUAACUGGGCAUUUGUCAAAGCCAUGAAGACGCCCAAACAGUGCACCAGCCAAUCGAAGUUAGGAGAAGGACAACAACUGUCUAAGCGUAAACCAGUGGGGAUUCCAUAUGUGGCGCGAGUGUUGGAAAAGCUGAGACGUGUGUUCAAAACACCGCAUCUCAGUUGCUUUCAAACCCCGAAACACGCCGCACCAGAGGUUGGUCCACACCAAGGAUCGGGUCCCCUGACACAAACGGAGCAAUAUAGUGUAUGCUGCUGGCAAGUGCCGGGAGGAUUGCUGUGACUUGUACAUUGGGGAAACCAAACAGACGCUGGCCAAGAGGAUGACACAACACAGGAGAGCUAACACGUCAGGCCAGGACUCCACAGUCUACCAUCUACAGGCCACUGGCCACUCUUUCAGGGAUGAGGAUGUGCACAUCCUUGAUAGGGAGGGACGCUGAGGCCAUCUAUGUUAAGAAGGAACGACCAGCCCUGAACCGAGGAGGGGGGGCGGGGGGUGUGUGUCCAAGAGUAAAUCUGUCACCAUCUUACAAUGCUGUGAUUGCAACCAUUCUCCAAUCCUCUGUGAAUAGCAUAUGAAACUGGUCAUUGGUUUCGGUCAUUAGGCAAUUAUAUUGUACUGUACUGUUUUGUAAGGGUGCUAAUACCUGCAGUCAGUUUAGACUGAAGAUGUCACUUAGUUGAGUGAUGAAAUGUAUCUGUCAAACACAUCCAGAUGAACCGGUUCAACCUUCUUUGAGUUUCUUAUCUGGAUUAUUGAGCAUGCAUCAAGACGCUCUUUGGCGGAGUUUUUUUUUUUUUUAACUGCAUCACUUGCAUUUAAUUUUUCGGGUCCUUUUUUAAAUGAAAGUUGGUUUAGAAUUGGGCGGCAGACAUUCUUCCACAACCGUAUCUGCCCAAUGUCCCUUCAACUGGUCCGAGUACAACCACCGCAGGAGCAUCGGCGCUCACCAAAGCCUUACUCGAAACACCUUUGCACCUUAGUCAUGAUGAAUAGGUUUCACUUGCAUUUUAACGCUUUACAACUACAAAGCUAAGCUCAGAAGCCAUACAUGAUUUAGUGGAAGUUACGCAACUCACUAAAUGGAUAACGUACAUGUCUAUUAAAUGAAUGGGUGUCGUCAUGAUCACAUUUUUCACUACACACGAAAGCUGUCUGUAGUCUUAAAGUCUUCCUGAGUUUACAGAAACUCUUUUUUUAAUUUAUCUUAUUGUACAAAAGCAAACUUAUUUUCAGGAAAUAUGAUUUGUUUUCAAAUUAGUGGUACAGUUACUUAUAUUUAUGUUGAUUUUUAACGAAUUCACACUUUGCCAAAAAUAUAUAAAUGCUAAUGUGGAAUUAAUUAAACCAAAACUACAUCGUGUUAUUUGCUCUUUGUGUGUACAUGAGUAAAAGAAAUCCUGACCUUAGAAGAUCAGCUGUACAUGAAGUGAAUGUCUGUGGUAAAUCUCUGGCUACAUCACACAGGUGAGUCCAGAAAAACAGGUCUGCCCCAAAUAUAUCCGAGCAUGUGACUUUACCACAGCAUCCACUUUCUGGGUUUCUGAAUGACCCGACGUUGUCCACCUGACCACACAACGCUCCAUAGAUGCGAGCGUGGAAAAUCAACUAUUUUUUGGGUUUUUUUUUCUUCCUUUUUCAAAACACUCGUCUCUAGUUGGAAACGCCUAUCCUUGAUAUAAAUAACAAAAGGGAAGCUUCAAAACAGAAAUCGGCUGAAUCAGAUUACAUUAUUAUCGUAUCGGCUUUACAGUUGAUUUGUAAUUUGCUUGGUGUGCUCGAAGAGAACAAGACUGAAUGUAUAACCACACAAUACAAACAAGGGGUGUGCACAAAAAAACAUACCGUUACAAUCAUAAUUCAGUUAGUGCAACCAUAUGUCCCCUGCCCUUAAAGGGACAAAUUAAAGUGCACGUGGAGGCCAUACUUGUACGAUCAGUGAAGCAUUUGGGAUGCAGAUUGCUGCGGGGCAAGUGCUGUUCAAGGUCAUUAAUCAGAAUUGCCGAGAGCCUUUUACGAGACCAUCAACAGCAGAUGCUGUUUUGUUGAGAGGAUACACAGCAUGUUGCAACCUGCUGAGAGGGAUACAAGAAUUUUUGCACUAUAAAAGAUGCCAAUAUUUGUAUUUCUUGUCACUUCGACUAUAAAGUGACACUAUUUUCUUCUUUUUCUCUCAAUCUAAACCAUAAGAAAAUGCAACAGGAUGAUUAACAAAAAUCACAAUUACGCUUACCUAGUCGUUAUUUCUGUCUAGCAAUUUGGCUCCCACUUGUCCAAAAAAAAAAAUUAUCUGAUGUGUUACAGGCCCAUAAAGAAAUUAAAUUCACCAUGUACUUAUAACUGCUGCACAGUCAAUAUGGAUCCUGUGAAGGGUGCGAAUGUUAAUAAUUAACACUCGACUGGACCUUCAUCCUUAAGCUUUCACAGAAAUUGAGAAUAUAAUCACUCUGGCAAAUUGCUUUGCUAUCAAUUUGAUAUCAGUAAACAGAUAUGGUUUCCUACUGCAGUUGUAUUGUGUGAAUGGACCAUGACACAUAAAGUGGGCUACUCAAACAAAAGGAAUGUGGGUGAAGCGGUUUGAGGUGCGAGUUGCCCAUGCCAGGAAUUGAUAGAAUCAAAAAUGCUUGAUUAAAUAUAUAUAUAUAUAUA